GUAGACGAAGAUGACGUAGGAGGAUUCUGGGAACUUGCUAAGGAAGGAUUCGGUCCUACUAUCAUACAUAUCUUCUACGGAUAUGAUGACGAUCCUGGUCAUCUGUAUCGAUUUGACGAAGAACGCGAAAAAAUAUUUGAAUAUCCUGACUUCGCUGCAGGUUUCGUCCUUCUCGCGAAUGAGACUUUAUUAAUGAAAGAAAUCACAUGUGCCGAUGUACCUUUGAUCAAGCCGCAGGAUAUAUUACGACAUUGUGGUAAAACAUUCGUGAUAUUGAAACGUUUUGUUGACCUAUUGGAUUCUGAUACCGAUUCCCGGAAGUUUUCCUGGCUGCUCAUUUCUGAUGACGACACAUUGAUUAGUAUUCCGCGCUUACUUCGUCUGCUUUCCUGCUAUGAUAACAACGAAAAGAUCAUAAUAGGUGAACGAUAUGGAUAUGGAUUCAGUAGUUUUGGCGCCACCGGAUACGAUUAUCCAACUGGCGGUGCUGGGUAA